AUGAGAUACGACCGGAAAAUACCUAAAAUUUUGGCCAAAAUAAGUGCCAGUAAAUCAUCUAGUUCAUAUGAUUGGUGCGAAUGGGACCAAUCCUCAAAAUUGUUCAAAUGUUUGUCCGAUACAAACGAUCUCAAUAUGAAGGAAGUAUUUGAGACAUUAUCCACAAAAACACCAUUCCGAUUUAUUAGCAAGUUCACGUGGUCUGCCAAUGUGGCAGGUGGAACAAUACCCGAAUAUGUGUUCGGCAAUCAUAUCAAUCCAUUUCGUUUCAAGAAAAUAGUGUUAGAUGCGCCAAAUUUGAGCAAGAUCAAUGCCAACGCCUUCGGGUCGAGUCACGCGAUUGAAACGUUUGAAAUGUUGGGCUUAACGUCCAACAAGUUAAGACACACGCCCGGCGAUUAUAUCAAUAAUCUAUAUAGGGCGUUUGAGAAUAUUGUCAGUUUGACAACAUUGCAAAUUAACCUGGAUUGGGAUUACGAGCACGAGAUCCCGAGCAACGCGUUUAGUUUUGCGAAUAAUUUAGUUAAGCUUAGAUUCAACGACAAAACAAACGAUACAACUGUUUUGUGCAAUAAGAAUCACGAAUAUGAUGGUCAGUAUGGGAUGCAAAAAUGGCCACAAGUGCCGGCGGGUCAGUCCGUUCGCAUCAAAUGUCCAAAUAGUGACAAAUAUAUUGAGUGGAAGUGUCUGGAAAGCGGUAAGUUUGAUGAGACAGAGCUCUGUUGGCUCGAAGAUCUGGUUAAUAAGACAUUCGAGUCCAUCGAUGAGGUCCAACACUCCCUCCAAACAAUUGUAGACAACACCAAAGGCAAUGAGAGCUUGAAAUCGAUGGAUAGUUUAGGAAAAGUGAUGUCAGUUGUGAUCAAUAUGCAAGACUUUAUGCAACAAACUGUUUCUGGUAUUGUCCCGACGGUCGCCGUUAACGUGUCGGACAAUUUUGUCCAUACAUUCAGUCAAGUAAUAGACCAGUCGAGAGCCUGGAGUGACGGCGUGGCCACCGAUCGGCUCACGACAGCCUCUCAAAUGUUACGUUACAUACAAUACACGGCCUUCUCAUCCAAUUGCUAUUUAAGUCCAUUGAAUGACACAAAAGAGUUUUUGAGCAAAAAUUUAAUACAAAAGCACUAUUAUAACAAAACCAACGAUAAAAUACUCUUUGAGUACAACUCGUCGUCAAUACUAAUACCCGACGGCGUUGUGUUUAAGGACGCAAACUAUAGCAAGUCGUGUCAAAGUAACACAGACUUUGGCGCUCUUAUACAGGGUUUGGAAAAACACUUGAGCACUGAUUUGGUCGACACUCAGACCAUCAAUACAGAGAUCAUUGCUUUCAGUAUUAAUAACGCCAACGGAACUCAUCAAUUGAAUGACGGCAAGAAUGUUAGGGUCAGUUUAAAACACACGACACGAAUGGAUUUGGGCGACGAUAUAGAGUGUGUUUAUUGGGAUUUCGAGAAAAACAAAUGGUCUUCAGAGGGCUGUAAACUAAUUGCCGUCGACUCUAACCGCGAGACAACUGUCUGCGAGUGCAAGCAUUUGACAAACUUUGCGGCACUUAUGGACACGAGUGGCAGAGAGGUUAACGGCGCGGCCAAGAAUGCGGUCACUCUAGUGUUUUGCGCCCUCUCUGUCCUCUGUCUCAUCGUUACAAUCACAACGAAGAGAAAGAAUUACAAUGAGAUGACCAAACAGUUGCUGAAGAGACGCGAUAUAAUUGUGUUGAAUCUUAGCGCUUGUCUAUUGGUCUCAAACCUACUUAUUAUGAUAGGAAUGGACAGAACAGAAGUCGAGGCCGUCUGUAAAUUUCUCUCAUUCUUACUGUUGUACACAUUAUUGGCAACAUUUCUUUGGAUGCUUUUACAAGCGUUUCAUUUGUUUCGUAUGACAUAUAAUGUGUUUGACGAGGGCGUGAAGGCAUUUGGCGAAGCGCUUAUUGGCAACGAUUUUUUGCAUUACUUGGACUUUAUUCUUGGCAUAUAUGCAUCGUUUGAGUGCAACUCCAGUCGUAUUAUCCUAUGUUUUCAUAGUUAUGAAUGGAUCGCAAAUGUAAAGAGACUAUUAAUACUACUUACCUUACUGGAAAACACAACUCCUGUCGGUUGGUUUACAUACAACUGUACGUAUAAAUUGCAAGAAAGCGUCAAAUGUAUCACUGAUUCACUGGAACUGAAUAUUGGCAAAGAAUUUGAAUUAUUAGAUAACGAUUAUAUGAUAGUUAAUAAAGGGUUUGAUCGACUCGAGUGGUCUGCGGUGAUAAAGGGGCGCGUUUUGCCCGCAAACGUGUUUAAAAGUUUACAUUUUAAAAGCGUGUCGUUUAGUGCCACUAAUUUGCAGGGAAUUCACACAAAAGCUUUUGUCACUCAAAAAGGACACACGAAGAUUGUGGAGUGGAACCAUUUGGGUGACAAAGCGACUCAGUUGCAAAACUUUCCCGACAGCGACUAUGACUUGUAUAAAGCGUUUUCAUCAAUACCUACACUGCAGAAGAUAUCGAUCAAUUUGGACGCCAAUAGCGCUCAUGAAAUACCCGAUUAUGCGUUCAAAAGAGACAAUACUCUCGACUCGUUAUCAUUGACUAGCAUUUCAUUUAACGGACCGUUUGUUAUAUCGAGAAUUGGAAAUAAUGUCUUCUAUUAUGCGAAGAAUUUAUCGCGGAUUCACUUCUUUGGUGUGAAAUUCAUUCAAUCGAUUCAUUCAAAAGCGUUUCGUUUACAAGAAUGCGAUGAACCGCUCAUUUGUGGCAAACUUUUGAUUAAUUUAGAGUCGACUCAAUUGAAUGAGUCCUCAUUAGAAACCGGCGUUUUUGACAUCAAAGGACGUGUCAAGAGCAAAUAUUAUACACGAGUUGUGGAGACCAAGUGCUGGAACCAGAAGUCAAUCUGGGAUUUCAAUUGGAAUUAUUGUCAUUACACUUAUUAUUACAAUCUUUACUGUCAUUCAAAGACACACGAAGUGGACAUCGACGAAGAGUUUAACAAUUUAGACAAAACCUUAGACCAGAACAACAGGUUCUUUGAGAACUUCGAGUGGUCGGCGCCCAUACAGAAGGGUAUAUUACCUGAGAAUGCCUUCAAAAACGUUGGUAUGUAUAACAUUGAGUUCACGUCAACCAACUUGGAGUUAAUUCAUGUGAAGGCUUUUGACGGACCGGCCGGCGAUAGUAUAGUGGUUUGGAAACACUCGGCUUCACAACCGACACGACUCCAGAAUAUUGCGGAUUCCAACUACGAUCUGUAUAAAGCCUUUUCCUCCAUCUCUACACUCAAUACACUUUACAUUAAUUUAAAGUGGAAUUUCUCACACGAAAUACCAAACUAUGCAUUCAAUACAUCGCCUCAACUCAAAUAUAUCGCAUUUAACGGACACUUCAAUAUAUCCAGAGUCGGAGACUUUGCUUUUUAUAAUGUGAAAAAUAUACAAACUAUUGAUUUGAAUGGCAUCGACGGCAUUGAAUUGAUUUCUGCCAACGCUUUUCAAAUACAACGAUGCGAUUAUGAGAUGGUUUGCCCCAAACUCUUCAUUAUAUUAAAGUCAACGCAUUUGAGUGAAUGGCGUUUAGAGACUGGAUACAGUAGGUCUAAAUAUGAAUCGAGAGUUUUAUAUACUGUUUGUCCAAAUGGAAUGACCAUUUGGGAGUUUGAAUGGGAGCCGCACAUCACUACCACCACUAUUACUACAACUCCAGGGCCUACGACUACAACAACUACCACUAAUUAUGAUCCAACUCCAACAAUCUUAAUCACCACAACCAUACCCACAACCACUACAAUAAUUAGUACAUUAUCUACGACUACAGCAAUUUCAUCGGAUCCCAGGGAUCCGAUGGACUCAUCCACAGCAUCUCAAUCUACCCUGUCGACCUCAACGGUAACACAAACUACGAUAACUUCGGAUGUGAUGUGCAAUAAAGACGGCUCAUAUAAUGACAAAUACGGGGUGAAAGUGUGGCCACCGGUCUCUUCAGGCGAGGACUCGAUUGUCGACUGUCCCACAGGGAGAGGGACUAUGAGAUGGAAGUGUUUAGAGGACGGAAAGUUUGACGACAGGGGACCGGAGGACGAGUACUGCUGGUUAGAGGACUUAGACGGUAAAGACAUUAGUUCUGUGGAGGAUGUCAUGGAUUCAGUGGAAACUAUUGUCAAAAAUACUGUCGAUAAUAAUGAGUUGAAGUCAAUGAAGAGUUUGGAGAAAGUGAUGAAAAUAGUCGACAAUUUGAAUAUAUAUUUACAAAACAACGACUCUUUUAACAAGCCGUCGAUGGCGUUGAAUAUAUCGGAAAAUUUUAUUCAAUUGUUUAGUCAAAUGAUAGACCAGUCGCUGGCCUGGGCUGAUGGCAACGCUAGUCAAAGACUCAAUACGGCAUCCGAUCUCUUACUUUCAGUACAGUUAACUGAAGUUCACUUUGAAUACAAUUCUUCUUCUAUUUUCAUAUCAAAUGUAAGCGAAAGUGAAGUAAACAACGAAGAGAUGCAGUCGUGUUUAAAACACACUUCUUUAGGUGUUUUGAUCAAUGAAUUGCAACAAUAUUUGAGAGUCGAUUCGUUUGAAACUCAAGUCAAUAGCGAUAUCAUUGCCUUUAGUCUUAAAAAUACAAUUAAUACUCAGAAAUUGAAUAACGGAUCUUAUGCUAGAGUCAGGCUAAAACACAAGAAUCGAUUGGUUUUGGGCGAUAGAGUUGAGUGUGUUUUCUGGGAUUUCACACUAAAUAAGUGGUCUUCAGAGGGCUGUCGUCUCAUUGAGAGAGACUCUAACCGCGAGACAACUGUCUGUGAAUGCAAUCAUUUGACAAACUUUGCGGCACUUAUGGACACGAGUGGCAGAGAGACCGACGACGAGGCGAAGAAUAUCUUAACGCAAAUAUGUUGCGGUGUUUCCAUUCGUCUUUGUUGGAUAUCAUCACCAAAAAACCCCAACAAUAUAUGGAUUUUUAUUGGUCCUGCAGUGAUAGUAAUGGCAAUGAAUAUUAUUUUCAUCGCAUAUCUCAUUCACGAAGUAAUCAAAUUAAAGUCAUCCGUCAAUAGGAGACAAGUGUUUGGAUUCCUAUUAUUGGGAUGUCAUUAUGAAACGACAACCAAUUCAUUGGGUUGUUAUUCGCCAAACGACGAGAGUCUGGAUAUCAGAGAAGAGUUCAUAGAAUUGGAGAAAACAUUGAAUGAAAAGCACUUGAAUUCGUUUGUAUGGAUUGCACCCAUUGUUGACUCUAUUAUACCUGAGAAUGUGUUUAAAGUGAUUUGGUGUAAUAGCGACGGCCAAUACGAUGGACAGCACGGGAUCGCCAAAUGGCCAGUCGUUAGGGCCGGAGAAUACUCGGAGGUUAAGUGUGAAGAAGGGGAGGGAAUGAUUAGAUGGAGGUGUUUAGAAAACGGAACAUUUGAUGGUUUGGGACCAAUGGAGGAGAACUGUUGGUUAGAAGACUUGAUCAAUAAAAAUAUUACUUCUGUUGAAGACGUAAACCAAUCUCUAGACACUAUUGUUGAGAAAACUGUCGGUACAAAUGGCCUGCAAUCGAUGGACGACCAGACCCGGGCCUGGGAUGAGGGUUCGAAUACCCGACAAAAGGAAAUGGGAUCACAACUAUUACUAUACAUUCAAUACACGGGCUUUUCAUCAAAU